AUCGACCAGAGGGUUUUCACUACUUCAUUUUUCCCCCUUCAUUGAAGCAUGCAUUGAAGCCAACUACUUCUUAUUCACGUGUUCCCUGGCGCAUUUCUGGUGGCAUGUGUUUGGAGAGGGAACUUGAAGGAGUGGAAUUAUCGGUGGAUCGUUGAAAGUGAUCAGGGAUCGCACGUUGACUCCUCGCAGUCGGUUUCCAGUGGUCAUUAAAGGCUCACCGCAGACGAAGACAGAGAGACCAGUCUUCACUGUCAUUCGAAAGUUUAACGUGAUAACUCAUCGGUUUUAUAAUCACACUCACAUAACAUCGGAAAUAUCAUACGAUAAUAAUGGAGAUAAGAGAAAGUGUUUGAACAUGCAAUCGAUAGCUUGUGUGACGAUAUUCAUCGAGUGAUAGUGUGGCUUUUGAGGAAACGAUGAGGUUGAUUGUCUCAGUUUGAAGUCAUUUUGAUGGUCACAGCUGCACCGGUAUAUGGCGUUUCAUUGAUGAGUGUUGAUAUAAACGUGGAGUGAACCAUCAUGGAAACAGGGGAUAGGUACUUUCACUGGGCAGACUGGCUGGUAUUUGCUCUUAUGCUCAGUUGCUCAGCCGCAUCCGGUAUCUGGCAUUUCCGGAAGGCACUCAAAUCGACCAUCGCUGAGUACAUACUUGGACGAAGUGGAUUCACUGUCUUUCCAGUCUCUGCUUCUCUUAUCGCCAGCUUCAUUUCUGGUGUCACAAUCCUGGGAACUCCAGCGGAAAUUUAUAAUUUUGGCACCCAGUAUUGGAUAACUGUGUUCUCUAUUUUAUUCGCUGGGGUCAUUACAGCUAACGUAUAUCUGCCAGUUUUUAUGAAAUUAAAACUCAACUCAUGUUACGAGUACUUGGAGCUGCGCUUCAAUCGUGGUGUGAGGAUAUUGAUAUCACUGAUAUUCGUAAUUGACGUGGUGCUGUACCAAUCGAUAGUCGUUUAUGUACCAGCACUUGCGCUCAAUCAAGUGACGGGAAUCAGCAUCUACUUAAUUGGCGGCAUUGUAUGCUUCGUCUGCGUAUUUUACACAGUAUUGGGAGGAAUCAGAGCUGUGGUAUGGACCGAUGCAUUCCAAGUAGUAGUUAUGAUCUUCGCUGUGAUCGCGGUUACCAGUUUAGGAACCUACAAUGUCGGAGGGCUGGGCGAAGUCUGGAGGAUAGCUUCCGAGAACCGAAGAAUUCAAUUUUUAAAUUUUGAUACUUCACCAUUCACGAGGCAUACAGUGUGGACGGUGCUAAUUGGCUCCUGUCUAUACAGCACUGCUUACAUUUCCGUUAAUCAAACGAUGGUUCAACGCUACAGCUCAUUAACUUCAGAGAGAAGCUCGAAAAUAGCAAUACUAAUUUUUACCAUUGGAGUGAUGUGUUUCAUCUCAUUAACCUGCUGGUGCGGUCUGGUGUUGUUUGCGUGGUGGGCGCCACCGAAAUGCGAUCCCAGGGCAUCUGGGUUAAUCAAGACUGACGAUCAGAUGCUGCCGGCUUACGUCAUGGAAAUUGCUGGCCAUCUGCACGGGAUUCCCGGGAUCUUCAUAGCUGGGAUAUUUAGCGCUGCAUUGAGCACACUGUCAGUGGGGCUUAAUUCAACUUCAGUGGUUAUUCUUGAGGACUUUGUCAAGGGAUGCUUUCAGUUGAAGCCAAAUGACCGGUGGUCGACGAUUUUUGUCAAGGCUGUGGUCGUCUGCUUGGGAUUAUUCGCCCUGGGAUUUUUGUUUGUUGUUGAGAAGAUGGGAGGUGUUCUUGCUGUCACCGGAAGUUUAGCGGCUAUUGCUGCGGGCACCUCCUUCGGCGUCUUCACCCUGGGAAUGUUAAUUCCGUGGGCGAAUUCAAAAGGUGCAUUUGUCGGCGCUGUCACCGGUUUCCUAAUUGCAGGAUGGUCCAGCUUGGGUGCUAAUGCUAUGGUCGCCGCUGGUGAAAUAAUCCCGAAAAAAUUGCCAGUCUCUCUGACCUCAUGUCCCAGCAACAUCAGCGAAAGUUUUCUCGAUCAAUUUCCCACGAAUCAUAGCGAGGAGGACGUCUUUCCACUCUAUCGGCUAUCUUAUCACUGGUUCGCGGGACUGGGGACGAUUAUUGUGAUUCUAAUAGGGGGUUUUGUGUCCUGGUUAACGGGGCCAACAAAUCCAGCCAAUGUCGACAGAGAUUUAUUAUCUCCAGUUAUUCACAGGUUUUUGCCGAAGCCCAUAUACAAUACGCAGACUAAAAGACCAUCUCAAAAUCUUCCCCCUGGUUAUCCAGAGUCUUCCAGUUUGAUACUCACAGAUAUUUCCAGAAGAGCAUCUCAUGGUAUUAAUUCACAUCAGGUGCGUCCAACACCAGUGUGACCCCAUCCACCCCUUAAUCAUGAGAAUUUUAUUUAACAGUAGAUCUUAGAGCAUUUAUAAUUAUUGAGGUUUUCGUUCAAUUUUUGUAUACAAAGAAUAAAUGAAAUUUUUAUGAAGUCCCGAA